CUCACUUCCCUUUUUGUCUCUGACCUUUAAACAAAACUUAGAUACCAUUCUAGAUCUGAUGAUAGCAAGAUAAUCAACAAUUCCCCAAAAUAAAAACAGAGUCCUCUGUUUUGUUCUUCAUCUCUCACUAAGAGAUUCUCAUCUGUCGGCAUCAAGUAGGUUCUGCAUAUUUAGAGAGAAAUCUCUCUUCCUCCACGUUCUUCUCACUGUCUUUGGUACGCACAAAAAGAACAGAGCGAUGUCAAAGCUAGACCUGGAGGAGGUGAACUCGAUGCAGAGAGGCAAAGUUCAUGGGCCAUUCUUGGUGGAAAACAUGGUGUGCCAGAAAAACCACAUGUUGACCUCAAAGGGUGUUUUCUUGGGCAGUGACCCUCUCAAAUACGCAAUGCCACUUAUGUUGCUGCAAAUGUCCGUCAUCAUCAUCACCUCAAGGCUUCUCUACCGCCUCCUCAAGCCCUUGAAGCAAGGCAUGAUCUCUGCCCAAGUCUUGGCUGGGAUCAUCCUAGGACCGUCUCUCUUUGGCCAAAGCAGCGCAUAUAUGCAGAUGUUCCUCCCCAUAAGCGGCAAAAUCACUUUACAAACGCUCUCAAACCUCGGGUUCUUCAUCCAUCUCUUCUUACUUGGACUAAGAAUCGACGCUAGCAUCAUUCGUAAAGCUGGUUCCAAAGCCAUACUCAUUGGCACAGCUUCCUACGCCUUGCCAUUCUCCCUCGGUAACCUCACUGUCCUCUUUUUGAAAAACACUUACAACCUCCCGCCAGACGUUGUCCACUGCAUAAGCACAGUGAUCUCCCUCAAUGCAAUGACCUCAUUCCCGGUCACCACAACCGUCUUAGCUGAGCUUAACAUCCUUAACUCUGAUCUUGGACGGUUAGCCACAAACUGCUCCAUUGUCUGUGAGGCCUUUAGCUGGAUAGUUGCACUUGUUUUCAGAAUGUUCUUGCGGGAUGGGACACUAGCUAGCGUUUGGUCUUUCGUUUGGGUGACUGCUCUUAUCCUCGUGAUUUUCUUCGUCUGCAGACCGGCUAUCAUCUGGUUGACAGAGAGAAGAAGCAUUUCGAUCGAUAAAGCAGGCGAGAUCCCAUUCUUCCCGAUCAUAAUGGUCCUGCUGACGAUAAGCUUGACCUCCGAAGUUCUCGGGGUCCAUGCGGCGUUUGGAGCGUUCUGGCUCGGAGUAUCACUCCCGGAUGGACCUCCUUUAGGGACCGGGCUCACCACAAAGCUCGAAAUGUUUGCAACGAGCCUUAUGCUCCCUUGUUUCAUCUCCAUUAGUGGAUUGCAGACCAAUUUCUUCAUUAUCGGAGAAAGCCACGUGAAGAUCAUUGAGGCCGUUAUACUCAUCACCUACGGCUGCAAAUUCCUAGGAACAGCAGCAGCUUCCGCUUAUUGCAACAUACAAAUCGGAGACGCAUUUUCUUUGGCCCUCUUGAUGUGUUGCCAAGGAGUCAUUGAGAUUUACACAUGUGUCAUGUGGAAAGACGAAAAGGUUCUAAACACAGAAUGCUUCAAUCUCCUUAUCAUCACGCUCUUGCUCGUGACAGGUAUUUCGCGGUUCCUCGUAGUUUGCCUCUAUGACCCGUCUAAACGCUACAGAAGCAAGAGUAAGCGAACGAUCCUCGAUACGAGACAACGGAACCUUCAGUUCCGGCUCCUGCUCUGUGUCUACAACGUUGAAAAUGUACCUUCCAUGGUUAAUCUUCUAGAAGCUUCUUACCCGAGUAGGUUCAGCCCGAUCUCUGUCUUCACACUCCACCUUGUCGAGCUUAAAGGUCGAGCGCACGCCGUGCUCGUGCCGCAUCAUCAGAUGAACAAACUCGAUCCCAACACAGUUCAAUCCACUCACAUCGUCAACGGUUUCCAACGAUUCGAACAGCAGAACCAAGGAACCCUAAUGGCUCAGCAUUUCACAGCUGCAGCUCCAUUCUCCAGCAUCAACGAUGACAUUUGCACUCUCGCCCUCGACAAGAAAGCGACGCUCAUCGUCAUCCCUUUCCACAAACAGUACGCGAUAGACGGGACGGUAGACCACGUGAACCCAUCAAUCCGUAACAUAAACCUUAACGUGCUAGAAAAGGCACCUUGUUCUGUCGGAAUAUUCAUCGAUCGAGGAGAAACAGAAGGCCGCCGCUCGGUCCUCAUGAGCUACACAUGGCGAAACGUCGCAGUGAUCUUCAUCGAAGGCCGAGAUGACGCAGAAGCCCUAGCUUUCUCCAUGAGAAUCGCAGAGCACCCGGAAGUAAGCGUCACGAUGAUCCAUUUCCGCCAUAAGAGCUCCCUCCAGCAGAACCACGUAGUAGAUGUGGAAUCCGAAUUAGCAGAGUCCUACCUUAUAAACGAUUUCAAGAAUUUCGCAAUGAGCAAACCGAAAAUCAGUUACAGAGAAGAGAUAGUGAGAGAUGGCGUGGAAACCACGCAAGUGAUUAGUUCACUAGGGGAUUCAUUCGAUCUGGUGGUUGUGGGUCGUGACCAUGACCUUGAGUCGUCGGUGUUAUACGGACUUACAGACUGGAGCGAGUGCCCUGAGCUAGGUGUGAUCGGAGACAUGUUUGCGUCGUCGGAUUUUCAUUUCUCGGUGCUAGUGAUUCAUCAACAAGAAGGAGAUUCUCUAGCGAUGGAUAAUAGCUAUAAAUUGCCAGCUUCACCUCAUAGGGUUGGGGAUCCAAGAGUGCACCCUCGUUUCUCUGUUGAAGAAGGCUUUACUUCUGUUGAUCUUCACAGCAACCGUUAAAUUAGUCUCUUUUUCUUUUUUCUUUUACUAUUUUUUUCACUUAUACAUAAAUAAAGAAUGUAAAUUUUUAGCGUUGGUCAUUAACUCACGAAAAUAUUAGUAUAGUAUUACAUUCUUCAUAAAACAUUAUAAAAAAAAGAUUGAUGCUUAUUACAUA